CAGAUAAUCUCCCCCGUCUGUCAUCUUCGUCGUCUAUGUUCCCGGCCGGAAAACCUGAUGGAAUCUCCACCAACUGCAAAAUGGAAGCACUCUUUGCUCUACUUGGCCUUCAUCUUCUUAAUACUGCAUCUUCUUCGUAACCUCGUAGCUCACAAGUUACUACUGGGGAACGACACCGUUCGCGUCAAGAGACACCCAGAUCUUCCCCUCCGGUUCCGCUCCGAUGGUACCUUCAAAAUCCUCCAGGUAGCUGAUAUGCAUUUUGGUAACGGAAUGAUGAGUCGGUGCCGGGACGUGUUGGAGUCCGAGUUCGAGUACUGCUCCGAUCUCAACACGACCAGGUUUCUCAAGAGAAUGCUCGAAGCUGAGAAGCCUGAUUUCAUUGCUUUUACAGGAGACAAUAUAUUUGGGCCCAGCACUGCUGAUGCUGCCGAAUCCCUACUUGAAGCCUUUGGUCCAGCCCUGGAAUCUGGGCUUCCAUGGGCAGCAGUUUUAGGAAACCAUGAUCAGGAAUCUACAAUGAAUCGCCAGGAAUUGAUGUCUUUCAUCUCCCUUUUGGAUUAUUCCGUCUCACAAAUCAAUCCAGCAGCUGAAGAUCCCCUUACUUCCGUUAAAGGAGGCAUGAAGACAGACAUUGAUGGUUUUGGAAAUUACAACUUGGAAGUAUAUGGUGCCCCAGGUUCACAUUUGAUGAACAGCAGCGUCCUCAAUCUUUUCUUUCUUGACAGUGGAGAUAGGGCAUUUAUUCAAGGAGUUCGAACUUAUGGAUGGAUUAAAGAAUCCCAACAACAUUGGCUUCGUAGCAUGUCUCAAGGAUUUCAGGGCCAAAAGUGGGAUAGUGAGCAAUCUGCUGAUGCUUUACCCCCAGCUACAUCCCCAUCACUUGCAUUUUUCCAUAUCCCAAUUCCAGAAAUUCGGCAGCUGUACUACAAAAAGAUUGUAGGCCAAUUCCAGGAGGGUGUGGCUUGUUCUUCAGUGAACUCAGGAAUCUUACAGACCCUUGUCUCCAUUGGAGAUGUGAAGGCUGUGUUCAUAGGCCAUGAUCAUACUAAUGACUUUUGUGGGAAUCUAGAUGGUAUAUGGUUUUGUUAUGGUGGAGGCUUUGGGUACCAUGGUUAUGGAAAGGCUGGGUGGCCCAGGAGAGCAAGGGUCAUAUUAGCUGAACUUGGCAAAGGUGACAAGGCCUGGAUGGGAGUGGAGACGAUUAAGACAUGGAAGCGUCUUGAUGAUGAGAAGCUGAGCAAGGUUGAUGAGCAAGUCCUGUGGGCCCACCAGCGAGCGAGAUGACUCCAUUACAGCAGGAGCAGGUGGAAGUCUUCUUUCCUGGAAUAAGUCUUUGCGGAUGAGCCGAAGACUUGGUCUAAAGGCAAAAGUUGACAUGAACACGUUUUCCUAGUCGUAUCAUCACUUCUCCAGCUUAGAAUUUCACACUACUGUAAGGCCAGAGAUGAUUAAGAAUCCCAAACCAUUAAAAUUCAGAGACUGCUGAAAAUUGUAGAUUCAAAAUCUACCAGUAUAUAUACGAGUAUUGAUCGUGUUAAUAAUCAUGUUUUUCGAAAAGACUAUAUUUUGAUCUUUAGUGGGGGAUAGGGAUGAAAAUGCGGAUAAUGGUUUUUGAUAUCCACAUUAUGCAUUUGAGGUAAUAAGCAUUUUUGUAAAACGCCUGCUCUAAGUGAUAUGAUAUUGUUCGCUUUGGGUC